CUCAAAAAUUUUCCUAUCGCUGGCAAAUCGAAAGUAUAACUCGGCUUCGCCUGAAUAUGCAACGCACAAAUAACAAAAAACACAAAAUACAUAACUUCACUUGUCAAAAUCAUUGUCACAAUCAACAAAUUCAACUAUUUUGAAGUUUACAGUUUAAAAAAGUGAUUUUUUCGUUAAAAUUCUUGGAUUAUAUGGACCGCCAGGCGGUUUUCUGCAGCAGAAAACGUAUCAUUUAAAGACCAUCGCGUAUUCUGGAAUAUUACCAAUGACUAAUUUAAGCGAAUCACACAAAAAACAAAAUGGACGGGAUGGGGAUAGAUUAUCAAAGCAGUGACAGCAACCAAGACCUGGAGAAGUUAUAUUCAGAAAUUAUAACGUCCAGUAGUAAUAGUUCUUUUAGCGAUAUCAAAACCGGCGGCAACAGCGUAAAAACGAAGCUGGUGACUUGGAAGCCCGUAAAGUUGUACAGAAACCAAAAAAACAACCGCGCGAAACCGAAACCGAGGUCGAACGAGGCGAACAAGAACGGUUGCGACAAAAAGUCGUCUCUGGACUCCAUAGAGGAGUUCUACUGCUUGUACUUGACCUCGACGCAGGCGCACCACAUGGUGACCGUAGACAAGCUAGAGGACGGCAUCAAAGGCAUCCUGAAGGGUCAGUACAAGUUCAAACCGGCCAACUACGGCAUAAUAGCCGUGUUCACUGACAAGCACGACUUCGACAAGGUGCUGCAGCUGGACCUGCGCAACAUGUUCGGCGUGCCGGUGCAGGUAGGCAACCUGUGCAACAACGACAAGAGGUAUCGGCACCACGUGACGUUCAAGAACGUGCCUUGGUGCAUAUCGAACCAGGAGCUGUCUGGCGCUUUGAAGCAGCAGGGGAUUCACUUCGGGAAGAUCAGCAGGUCGAAGAACAACGUCAGGGUCGAAGUUUUUAAUUCCUGCCACCUGGAGCGACUCUUGCAGGAGGGUCUCAACUUCUACAACUGCGUGACGUUCUCGGCGUUGACCGAAGGCAUGAACGAUCACUACAACAACGAGAUAAUCCAGUGCUACAAGUGCCAGGGUUUCUGGCACACGGCCAACCACUGCAGGCAUUCGGCGCGAUGCGUCCGCUGCGGCGGCAACCACGAGGUUCAGGCGUGCCCGCGGCCGAAGAACAACCCGGUGUGCUGCAACUGCGGCGGGCCGCACCACGCCGCUUACAAGAUGUGCCCCACGAAGCUGCAGCUGGUCAAUUCGGUCAAGGUCGCGUUCUCCUUGUCGAACAAGCCGAAUAUUCCGAGUUUUGGUUGUUGAGUCGUGUUUUGUGGAUUUUUACAAUAAAUUUUUAUGUGUCU